CGUGGCCGCGGCACGAGGGGACGCCGAGGGAGCCGAGCCGGUGAUUCAGCCCGGGCUUACGAUCCGAGCAGCAAUUAAGCGCCGUCCUGGGCUGUAAUUGCCAUCGCCGGGGUUACGGCCGCGGAUCGACGUCAGUUAUUUGGGGCGAACGUCUUACGAGCGGGUCAGGUGCCGGUGGCGGGCACGGCCGGGUAAUUAGCAGGAUGGUAAUUAGAGCCCCAAACGGCUGCGGGCGGUCGAAGGGCUUCUCCUUCGCCAGGAGGAGCCAGGGCAGCAUCAUCCCCACGCACUCUUAGCUCUGGCUCCGGGGGGCUCUCGGGGGUCCCCUCCCUCUGUGGGUGCAGGGCAGGGUUUGGCCAUCGGCAUCACACGAAGCAUCGGUAUCACACAAAACCUCGGGUGGGUUUUGUGGGGCACACGGAGCGGCACCGCCGGGCUCUGCCGGGUGGGUGCCGGUGGGUGCCAGGCCGAGCUCAGCCCGUUGCCGGUAAUUCCGGGUACCGGGAGUAUCGGCCGCGGGCGUGAGGGCGCGGCGCCCGCGAUGCAUCACCCGCGCUGCCGGCGGCUGCAAUUAACGUUGCAUAACGAGCCGACGCCGCUUCCUGCCGGGGGUGGCACCCCCUCCCUGUGCCCCCCGCGAUGCCACCACCUCUCUGUCCCAUCCGGGCGGUCGGGGCAGGGCUUGGGGCAGGGCGGCGGGGCGGGGAGGGGUCCCCGCCGUUUGCGGGUUGCAUCCCCUUUCCGGCGGCGUGGGUGAAGGUGGCAGCAGGAUCCAGGGAAUUGGAGGCCCAAAUCGAGGUGAUCCCGUGCAAGAUCUGCGGAGACAAGUCCUCAGGGAUCCACUACGGUGUCAUCACCUGCGAGGGCUGCAAGGGUUUUUUCCGGAGGAGCCAGCAGAACAACGCCAGCUACUCCUGCUCCCGGCAGAGGAACUGCCUGAUCGACCGCACCAACCGCAACCGCUGCCAGCACUGCCGCCUGCAGAAAUGCCUGGCGCUGGGCAUGUCCCGCGACGCGGUGAAGUUCGGCCGCAUGUCCAAGAAGCAGCGGGACAGCCUCUACGCCGAGGUGCAGAAGCACCAGCAGAGCCAGGAGCAGAGCGGGGGCACCAAGGAUGAGCCCGAGCCCCUGAGCCGCGUCUACACCACGAGCGUGAGCAGCGGGCUCUCGGACCUGGACGACAUCUCCACACUGUCCGACGGGCUCCUCUUCGACUUCCCCCUCACCCCCGACGGCAGCAGCACCUACUACAACCUGGACCUGCUGGCCUCGGCACAGCCCUCGCCCGACCAGUCCAGCCUGGACGUGGCCGACGCCACGCUCAUCAAGCAGGAGUCCAUCUACGAGCUGAUGCUGGAGCCGGCCCUGUUCGCCCACGGGGCGCUGGAGGGGGGGCAGCUGCCCCCCGACAUCUCCGUGCUGGAGAUCGACCGGGUGGCCCAGAACGUGGUGAAGUCUCACCUGGAGACGUGCCAGUACACGACGGAGGAGCUCAAGCGCCUGGCCUGGAGCCUCUACUCCCCCGAGGAGGUCCGUGCCCUGCAGAGCAAGAGCUGCGAGGCCAUGUGGCAGCAGUGCUCGCUGCAGAUCUCCAACGCCAUCCAGUAUGUGGUGGAGUUCGCCAAGCGCAUCGACGGCUUCAUGGAGCUCUGCCAGAACGACCAGAUCAUCCUCCUGAAAGCCGGUUGCCUCGAGGUGCUCCUGAUCCGCAUGAUCCGUGCGUUCAACCCCCUGAACAACACCGUGCUCUUCGAGGGGAAGUUCGGCGGGAUGCAGGUGUUCAAGUCGCUUGGCUGUGACGAUCUCAUCGGAGCCAUCUUCGAGCUGGGGAGGACCCUGUGCCGCCUGCAGCUGUCAGACGAGGAGCUCGCCCUGUUCACCGCCGCCGUCCUGCUCUCCCCAGCUCUCCCCUGGCUGACUCAAGGAGUCAUGUUAAGGCAUAAGGAAGCUCCAGGAAGCUCUGAGGAGGAUGUGUGGCAAAGAUGGAGACAUCUCAGAGGUGAGCCAGAGGAGGGCAAAGUGGGACCUGCCAAACCCUGUGUGACAGCACCAGGCCUUGAUUUAAAUCUCCAGCCAGGAGAGAAGGGGACUCAGGAGUCCACAGCCAGCUCCAGCCACGGCACGUCGGAGCCUCCAAGGGGCACAGCUGGAAAUGCUCUCCUGGGUUGUGAGAAAACCUGGUGCUGCUCCACUCCUGUGAUCAACCGCAGCUCCCAAGGCCUGUGUGAUCCCACAGGGAGCUGAAAUCCUGUGGGAAAGCCAAACCUGCUCCACGUGGCUCUCCAAAAGCCACCCUUCACCAUCCAAAACCACAAACAAGGCUGACCAAAGGCUUUUCCAGGCAGCAGAGGAAACAUGUGCCAGGUCAUGCCGAUGCCACCAAGGCUCAUCCUGGUGCAGGGGGACCAGCUGGCCACAGGCAGAGCCAGACCUGCACACAGGGCUCUUCCAGGGUGCACGUCACUCCCUGAGGUGGCUCCAGAGGGAGAACCUACACACACCAGCCACAAAGUGACACCUUCUACCAAAAAAAGCCCAGACUGGUUUGUUUUGGUUGCCUGGACAGGAGAGGUGACUCACUGCAAAACACACAGGGUUUCUUCUUUUCUCUGCCCCAUCCCAGAAAACAUUUUAAAAGCACAAAAAGGAAAACUAAACCUUUUUUUGAUCCAAAACAGCCCUUCACACCUUCCUCUCCACAUGCCCAGCGUGGGUUCAGGGCUCAUGGAUGGUUCAGGAGGGUGGUCUGGGCUGAGGGAAUGCACAUUCCUCACUUCAGUGAGGAAAGGAAGAAAAGAAAACUUUGGGUUUUGGGCAGAUAGUGAAUCAAAACUUUGAUUAAUCACCUGGAUCAUCAUCUGUCACCAGCAGAGCCAGGCUUAGACCCAAAACACUGAGGACACUUCACGUGCCUCGGUGCCCUGGGCUGAACCCAAGUGUGACCCCAGCAGCCACUCAGAUCCCAUUGGGACCCGCUGGCUCCAUCAAAUCCUGAGAACUGGCACAAGCCACCACGUCACCCACAGCCCGACUGAUUCCCCCACAUCACCCAGGCCGCCCUGCUGGCUCUGCAGUGGCCCCUUUGCUCAGGCCACCGUGGGUGGCAUCGCCUCUGCUCCUCCGCAGGGCUUUUCUGCACUGCAAAUCCAUGCCAGGGUAUUUAUAGUGCCCUUAUCCCGCUGGAGCCUAUUUUGGGCCGAUGCUCAGGCCCCAGAGCAGCGCGGGUUAUUUUAACCCAGCGUGGGGUUAUUUUCAGGGCUGCCCUUCUCCGCACGUGCUCCGGGAUGGGUUCCAACUGCCGGGCAGAUUUGGGGGUGGUGGAGGCAGGGAACGGGGAAAGAGGGACCCACAAAGGAAUUGCAGAGAUUAAAACCUAAACCAGCGUCUGCAGCAAAGCUGCCUUUGGCACACCACCUGCCUGGGAUCCACCUGGAAUCUUGGAAGGUGGAUUUUCUGCAGGAUAACCCAUGAGCAAAGAGCAGGGGGGGAGGGGUUUCUGGAUGAGGUGACAACAAACAAGAGGGGAAGGAGAGCAAGAUACACAACAGGGAAGGAGAGCCAAGAACUGGAUGCUCCUGAAAUGUCCAAGGUCACCAGUUGGUGGCCCCAGGUCCAGGAGGGAGCAAUGACUUUGUUCAACAAAGGCAGGAACAGCACCGUGGGACGGGACCGGGAGACACUCCUCAUUCUCUGCAUCCAGGGAACCCCAGCCCUGCUCCCACCCUGGGCUGUCCUGGAGCAACCAGGGAGAGGAGGCCCCCGGAGGAGUCCUGUCUGGAUCCAGGUGCUGCAGGAAGCACCAUUUCCCAGGCCCUGAGCCCAGAUUUCUGGCCACUGAGUGGGGCUCUCUCAGCUCAGAGCCAGGAGCAGCCGCUGGUCCACAGCAGAUCCCACAGCCCAUCCCCAAAAAGCGGGAGUGCCACAGAUGGGGGUCUGCCAGGACAGCAGUGCCAGCCAGGGCAUCCCCACCUGCCAUAACAAGGGCAUCCUGAGGGAUCCAGCUCCAUCCCCCCUAGCAUGGCAGCAAAAGUAAUUUGCCAGGCCAGAAAAUACCUUAAAAAUUAGAAUACAUUAAAAAAAACUCCACAAGGGCAGCCCUGCCCAGGGAAAAAGCCCUUUCCCAUACCCUGAUCCCCAACCUCCAGUCCCCACCCCUUCCUCCAUCCCCAAACCUCCCAGAUUUCCCUCCACAACCUUCCUCUGGCCUCCUCUUCCCCCUCACCCCUGGCAGGUGGAUGUGUGGGGAGGAUGGACCAGGGGGUGGAUCAGGGGGUGGCAGAGCAGCCCCCAAAAGCUGUUUGCAGCUGGCAGGGAGCACAGCCCUGCCCAUGACCUCCAGGGCCCGCUGGGGAUUCAAGGAUCACACCAUCCUGCUGGGAAAAGUGAGUCAGGGCCGGAGCUGCUGCCAGCCCCUAUUCCUGGAUCCCACUGCACUCACACUCCCAGCCCCCCUGGACCAGGAGCCGCUGGAAGCUGGGAAGGCCAACAGUGGGAAGACCCAGGGGUCUCUCUCCCCCUCCCACCUCGCCCAGUCCACCCCCCUGCCACAAGCACCUGCCCACCACGUAGGUCUCAAUGCAUUUUUAUUAAAUUCUUACAAAACAGAAUACAAAAUUCUGGCAUCAACAAUUGUUAUAAAGGAAAACUUCAAUUCAGCUGUAUCAGGUCACCUGGUACAUACAAGUAAAGUGCUUAUUUUUGUGUGGGUUUUUUCUUUUUUUUUUCCUUUUUUGUUUUUGUUUUUUUGUUGAUUUUUUUGUUGUUUUUUUUUUUAAUAUUUUCAGUUUUUAUUUCCCAGCCAGCCCCCGAGCAGAGGCUGCUGCUGCACAAACCAACAGUGCGAUAACAUGACUCCUGUGGAACCAGCUUUGGCAGUCUUCAUCAAUUGUAAAGAGGAGAAAGCUUCUCCUGGUUUGAUAAAAA